GCUCCCCCCGGGCCGGAGCGGAGCCGCGGCCGCGGGCGGGCAGCAGGUGAGCGCGGGCGGGGACAGCCGGCCCCGCUCCCCUCAGCCCUCCCUCGUCCCCUCCAUCCCCGGCGGGGCUCCGCUACCGACCCGCGGCAGGAGGACUCUGCUCCUGUCAGCACAGCUGUUUUACUGCUCCCUGAGUGAACAGGUGAAGCCAACCCAGAGAGGGAUUUCACUCCCCUUUUAAUGAACAUCAGAAAACAGGUUCAACUUGUCACUCAUUGAUCUUUUUAUUGCCACUCCUUGUUCUCCGAAUCCUGCUCUCAUCAUGGCCUAAACCUCAUUAUUGAGGGGUUGUUCUGUGUGGAUGUUCCAAUGGCACAGAAGCACUGCCACGGCCUCCUACCCAGCAGAGCUGCUCCCCAGAGCCAGAGGGAUGGUGGUAGUCACGGGGCAGAGCAAAGCGAGUGCCACCCCGGAUGAUGCCAUGUCGAGCUCGGAUGCAGAGGAUGAUUUCCAAGAGCCGGCCACUCCCACCGCCACCCAAGCAGGACAAGCGCUACCUCUGCUGCCCCAGCAGUUCCCAGAAGUUGUCCCACUGAACGUCGGGGGGAUGUUCUUCACCACCAGGCUGUCCACGCUGCGCAGGUACGAGGACACCAUGCUGGCAGCCAUGUUCAGCGGCAGGCACUACAUCCCCACGGACGCCGAGGGCAGGUACUUCAUCGACAGGGAUGGCACCUACUUCGGAGACAUACUAAACUUCCUACGAUCUGGUGACCUGCCCCCCCGAGAGCGAGUGAGGUCAGUGUACAAGGAAGCUCAGUAUUAUUCCAUAGGACCCUUGCUAGACAAUCUAGAGGAUAUCCAGCCUCUUAAAGGAGAAAAAGUUAGACAAGCUUUCCUGGGCCUAAUGCCAUAUUACAAAGACCACCUGGAGCGGAUAAUCGAGAUCGCCAAGCUGCGAGCCAUGCAGAGGAAGGCCAGGUUUGCCAAGCUCAAGGUGUGCGUGUUCAAGGAGGAGAUGCCCAUCACUCCCUACGAGUGCCCCCACUUCAACUCCCUGCGCUUCGAGCGCAGCGAGAGCGAGGCCAAGCUCUUUGAGCACCACUGCGAGGUGGACGUGUCCUUUGGGCCCUGGGAGGCCGUGGCCGACGUCUACGACCUCCUGCACUGCAUCGUCAGUGACCUGUCUGCCCGCGGCAUCACCGUGGAGCACCAGUGCAUCGGCGUCUGCGACAAGCACCUCAUCAACCACUACUACUGCAAGCGCCCCAUCUACGAGUUCAAGAUCACCUGGUGGUGAGCAGGGGGCACAGCAAAGGGUCAGGGGACUCCCCAAGGACAAAUGUGCUUUCAGGGUCACCUGGUGGUGGUAUGGUGGCACAUCGAGGGGUGAAAGGAUCCUAAAGGACAAAUGUUCUUUCAAGAUCGCCUUAUGGUGAGUGUGGUGACAUAGCAAGAGGUGAAAGGACUCCUAGAGGACAAAUGUUCUUUCAGGAUUGCUUCGUGGUGGCACUGAGGGGUGAAAGGACUUGUAAAGGACAAAUGUUUAUUCAAGAUAAUCUGCUGGUGAGUUGUGUUGGCACUGAGGGGUGAAAGGACUUCUAAAGGACAAAUGUUCUUUCAAUAUCACCUUGUGGUGGCACAUCGAGGGGUGAAAGGACUUCUAGAGGACAAAUCUUCUUUCAAGAUCACCUUGUGGUGAGUUGUGGUGGCACUGAGGGGUGAAAGGACUUCUAGAGGACAAAUGUGCUUUCAUCAUUGCCUUGUGGUGAGUGUGGUGGCACUGAGGGGUGAAAGGAUCCUAAAGAUCAAAUGUUCUUUCAAGAUCACCUUGUGGUAGCACUGAGGAGUGAAAGGAUCCUAAAGGACAAAUGUUCUUUCAAGAUAACCUUGUGGUGAGUGUGGUGGCACUUAAAGGACAAAUGUUCUCGGCAGUUGCCUUGCUGCUCACAUUCCUUGGGAUCAGCCUGCUGGCAGAGGUUGGGAAAACCUCUGGAAACUUGAAAAACCAGCCUGAAAUCAGACUGUUGGCUCAGGUACCUUAACGAGGCACAAAACAAAAUCACCUCAUGCAAAGGACGGAGGGGAGUGGCUGAACAUCUGCUCAAAGGUGCCACCAACCACGUGGCUUCAGGAUGGAAUUGCAGAUUUUUCCUGCAUUUUUGGGAAUCUGGGGUGCUACUAAAGCUGACGUUUCAGUUUUACCCUCUUAGAAAUGUUUUAGUUCCUCCUUCAGCUUUAUGAAGUUUGAGUCACACCCAACACAAAGAUCUGGAAAUGUCAUUUUGAUGUACUAGAUAAUUAAAAAAAAAAAAGGAAUAUUCCUUAUAUAUUAUUAAUUGUUGUCAGGGUUAAGCUGUAUUUCUUUUUUAAUUAAGAAUCUACGUUGUGAAUUAUAAUGUUGUACUUCAAUUAUUUCUGUUGUUAUCAAAAGGAAUAGCAGAUCUGGAAUAUAUUCCUUAAUGCUUUUAGGAAUAAUAACUGUUCAUGGAAGACUUGUGCCUGUUUUUAGCCUUAGAAAUUUUAAAUGUUUACAAUAUCUACAAAAAAAAAAGCUCUUUAGAAUCAGGUCAUUUGCAUUUGCAAAGGCUUUUGGUAAAUGAGAAAACCCUGUCUGUAUGUUCCUAUUAGCAGUAGUAAGAGGAAUAUUUAAUGUAUAUUAUUUUAUUACUGACUCUUUUUACAUUCUGUGAUAUUAAACUUUAUUUUAAAGUCAGAUGAUAUUAGACAAGUGCUUCCUUCACCUCACCUUUUUCAGACAAUUAAAUCUUAAUUUUAUCCUUCUUCUUGACCCUUCUUGGUGUCAUAGAAGGAAAAACAAAAUUCAAACUUCAUAUUCAGAUACUUCUCCACUCUAAAGCAGUAGGAAAUUCCUUUCCAUGCUGGAAGAGGCAGCCACUGCAGAAUCAUACUUUCUUCAGAAGGUCAUUUUUGUACUUCUGACACGAGCAACCACAUCCCAAAUUUCAACUACUGAAUUCAGCCCAAAACUGAGAGGGAGAAAAGUCUGAAAAUCUUAUUGUUUUGUGAGGUACAGAAAACCUCAACCCCCUUGGAGUGGCUUCAAAAUAAUCUUAAAGAGAAAGAAAAAGGAAAUAUUUGUAUAUUGCAUUCCAUUGGAUUAAUUAAAAAGCUAAUUACUGAUAUAAUUAAAGGAUUUGUAGCUUCAUUUUACCCUGGACAAUUUAUAGACCCCACUGGCUUUAAGUUGUGGUUGGCAUUACUGAGCCCUGAAGAUGUUUUUAGGUUUUCACACACUGCACAGAGGACCCAAGAUAGUUCUAAAUUUUGGGCUAUGAAAAAAAAAAUCCCUCCAGUCUUUCCAUUAUCUUUCUGCAAAGAAGCUGAUUUCAGAGGAUAAUUCUAUCUCCUGUAUAUAAUUCUCUAACUGGAAAUCACUUUCCAGAACAGCAGUUCAUAGUUCAUUUUACUUACACGAGCUUAGUAUAAGUUUACCUCCACUCUCACUGUGACUUUUAUAAAUGGAUUUUGUUUUGCUGAAUUAUAAAUUGUAUGUGUCUAUGCAUUGUAACCCGUAAUGCCUUUGAAAAUCCAGCCUGGAUGCUAAUGAUCAGGGUUUGGAAUUAUCUCCAAAUGUGUUUUGUUAAAAAUUAUGUUGAUGUGUGAUGUUCAAUACUGUGAGUGCUGCAGUGUAUUAUUUCUUAAUACUUUUGACUUUUCAGUUCAGGUAAUAUACAAUCUGUAUGUUUUUUAUUUAAAACACAUAGAAGAAAACGUGGAUAUAAAGGUUGUGUUGUGCAAUAAAUUAUGAUAC